AUGGCGAAGACGCACAAGUUCAUCAUCGUCACUACUGACUUCUUCACGAAGUGGGUAGAGGCUGAACCUAUGAAGGAGGCCUCUGGUGCCAUCAUUCGCCAGUUCAUCUUUCACAAUAUUGUUUGCAGGUUCGGCAUCCCUGAGGAGUUGGUGUCCGACAGGGGGGCAACAUUAAUGGGCGGUGCCUGGCAUGAAACACUGUACGAGACACUAUGGGCCUAUCGCACUUCCAAGCAGAACCCUACUGCCACCACGCCCUAUGCUUUGAUGUUUGGUCAUGACGUAGUUCUACCUUUAGAGCUCAAUGUUCAGUCCCUACGCGUGCAGGAUCAACAUCAUUUGAUCGAUGAGGACUAUGUCCAGGCUAUGUGGCACGAGCAUGAGGAUCUUAGUGAGAAGCGCUUAGAGGCUUUGGACUGCUUAGUGAUGGAAAAGCAACGCAUUGCUAACGCCUAUGAUAAAUAG